CAUUCGAAUGUCAAUCAGGGAAUGGGGUUUCUAACUUUAUUAAAGUAAUUUAUAAAAUGUUUCUCACACCACUUAGAGGACAACGCCUAAAAGAAGCGAUAAUAAGCUACACCGUGUUCCUGCUAACUCCUGCCUACUUUUUAUUCCAGCUGUGCGUCAUAAGACCGUACCUAAUAGUACGUCUCGACUGGGGUCCUGUGAAACACUUCUUUCACAUUGUUCUUGCUAGCUACUUAUUUACCAACGUCGUUGGGAACAUGAUCUACUGUGUGCUGACAGAUACUCGUGUUAAAUCGUACCGUGGACCAGGAAGCUACUGCAAAAUCUGCAAACAGAAACAGCCAGCGAACAGUUGGCAUUGCAAGACGUGCGAUACUUGUAUAAUGAGGAGAGACCAUCACUGCAUCCUUUUGGCACGCUGCAUUGGACGCAAUAAUCUACGAUACUACAUUUGCUACUUAUGCCAUCUAAGUAUCUCGUUGUUUUACGCCACUUACUACAAUUACAUCGUUCUUCGCACCAUGUUUGACCUCGGGACUUUUGCUUGGACUACGUCAAGAAUUUUCGAUUUGGCUGAUUGGAGCAUAUUUCAUAAUUCAUUAAUACUUAAAUCUCGCUUGUUUGUAUGCUUGUGGUACUUAAAUUUAAUUAUUUUGCCAAUUUCGAUAAAUUUGUCGGUGUUUCAUCUGUAUACGGCGUUUAAAGGUUUGACGUGGUAUGAGUAUAAGAAAGGGAAGGUGCCUGCAAGGGCUCAUUGGAAGAGGAACUUGGCUUACGUCUUUGGCACGCGAUGGUAUCUCGCUUUACUUUGGCCGUCGGUGGAAAGUCCUCUGCCUAAUAAACGUGCGCACGGUAUACGAGAUUUGCGACGAGAGACGCAAAUUUAA